AUGGCUUCAACACAACACUUUGCGACUAUGGAGAAACUUUCUGGCGAUGUUUUAUCAGACAUAUUCAUCAGAUUAUUGGCCAAACAGCUUGCUCAAAUGAGGUCUGUUUGUAAAUCUUGGAAUGCUCUGUUAUCUCAAUCCUCUUUCAUAAAAUCCCACGUCCAUCGUUCUGUCCAUAACAAUCAUGAAUUUCUCUUGUUCUAUGAGAAUUGUGAAACAUUACAGUUAGACUCUGAACCAUUUACAGCACACCCGUCUACAUCUCCCCAUGUGGAACUCACUGAUUUUAUCAAACUCCCAGCUACUCUCCAGUCUAGAGGCGCCAAUGUUAUUGGGUCCGUUAAUGGCUUAAUCUGUUUGUAUUAG